AAGAUUUGUAAAGCGUUGUACUGUACCUUUUUCACUAAACAAAAGAGAAGAGAUCGAGUCCAAAGAAUCAAGGAUCUAUAGACUGUAAACUUGAAUUUAUUGUCUCAAAGAUAGCGAUUAACCUCGACAAGGAAAGCACGGUUGAAGCUUGCACUUUAUGGCUAGGAUUAAACCUCAAGCUCUGCUGAUACAAAGUAAAAAGAAGAAAGGACCGAAUCGAAUAAGUGUUACUACUAUUGUUGUGUUCAGUUCGAUUCUUGUCUUGGCUUUAUUCUUCCUGUUUUCAACAUACAGACACUGGUCUCAAAGGCCAACCUUUCAUGCAGAAGUUCAUAACGAAUCAAUUGUUGAGGAUGACAAUUCUUUUAUGGAUUUGAAGAAAUCCGAUCUCCCUGGAUAUGCGAUAAUAAGUACCCCAAAAGGCUCUAUAACAGUGGAACUUUUCAAGGAUAGCUCACCUGAAGUAGUUGAUGAAUUUAUUGACUUAUGUCAGAAGGGGCGUUUUAAUGGUAUGCUUUUUCGACAUAUAAUAAAGCACUAUGUGAUUCAAGCGGGGGAUGGAGAUAAGAUGGGUAGUAUUGAAGAUUGGACAGCAAGAGGAAAACAUUACAGUCAGCUUGAUACAAGUUUGAAGCAUGACGCAUUCAUGUUGGGAACUUCUAAGAUUAAGCAUGACAACCAGGGAUUUGAACUUUUCAUUACAACCGCACCAAUGCCGGAUUUGAAUGAAAAGCUUAUUGUUUUUGGACGGGUCAUCAAGGGAGAGGAAGUUGUUCAGGAAAUUGAAGAGGUGGAUACAGAUGAACACUAUCAGCCUAAAUCUGGCAUAGGGAUCAACAGCGUGAUUCUUAAACAGAAAGUCUAGAGGCUAUCCACACGAAUAGAGGCUUUUCUACAUUCCUGAUUCUUUCAUUCCAAAUGUCUCUUACUGUAACAUCAGCCAAACUUGUUACAGGGACUGCAUUUUCUAACUAUCUUCUGGGCAUCAUCAUGGAGCUGCAAGUUACUGAGUGGUUCAAACUUAUAUGAGUUAACCUUAUACCACAUUGAUUAUAGUUGUACUUAACGCAAUGAAACAGCUUAUAAGUUCAACUUUUUUUUUUUUUCUUAAAUUAAAUUUUUAAUCUGCUGUAUAGGCUUUGAUUAUACACUGAUUGUAUGUUGUAUCACUAACUGGAUGUAAUUUUCAUGUGGAGUAAUAAGGCUCGAGAAGAAAUUUAAAAAUUUACAAAUAUUCCACAGGUAA